CUUUGGCACGAAGCUUAAGUCCUUCUCACACCAACACUUCGGACAAAUUCAAAACCUCACCAAUAUCAUACCCUCUUGGCUUUAUGUUGCUUCUAAUUCUAGGCGUUGGAGUUGGCUGAAGCGCACUGGGGUUUUGUUCAUGGCGAGCCCCAGCGACUUGUCCGUUCGUACUCCAUCGGAGAUUCGGAAAAAGAAGCUUAGUGGGCAGCGAAAGAGAGAGGAGCUUGAAAAAGAGGUUUCUUUGCUUCAAAGAAUGCUGAAUCAAGAAGAGAAAGUACAUGAGGUUUUGGAUCAUGUCUAUAGUCAGAAAACUACUGGUUCUGCUAUUUCUUUCCCAAGAUUCCUUCCUCCCAAGAUGAAGGAGCUUUUGGCAGAGCUAGCAAUGGUUGAAGGAGAAAUUGCUCGACUCGAAGGCCAAAUCAGCCAACUUCAACUUGGGCUGAAGCAUGAAGAAGAAGCUACUAAGGAAGCAAAAUCGAAGCAAUGGCAACAUGAAAACCUAAUAAGUAACCCCGUUGGCCGUGCAUCAUAUAUAUCCAUGCCAAGCCCCAUGAACAACAUUAAAGGUGAGAGGAUGGGGUACGAAACCAAGGCAUUGCAUUUCAUAAGUAAAGCUAUAAAAGGUGAUUAUGAUCAUCUGAACGACCUCAGCCUAAAUGAGAAAAUUGGAAGCUUGAGAGGAAUUGCUGAUCAGAAAGAAAAUUAUUUCUGCGAUGAGGUUAAAUUUCAAUAUAAGGUUCCAAGAAAAAAUGGAAUAUUGAGGGCAUCCUCACCCUUGCGAGCUCCAAGAUAUCCAUCACCCAAGCUAAAAGAACGUAAUCCAGGGAUUUGUUCAGAACUCCCACCAAAAUCUCUACCAAUUCCAACACAAUUAGAAGAGAACAUCCAGAAUUGGCAACCAAACAGGCUCUCUGAAGAAAUUAUGAAGUGUCUCAACUUCAUAUAUGUUAGGCUUCUCAGAACAACCAGAACAAUGGAAUUGGAGAAAUCAGGCCCCAUUUCCAGGUCCUUGAACUCUUCUAUAACCUCAAGAAGCUUCAGGGAUGAAACCACCUUAAACUCAAAGUCAAGCCUAGUUUUGUUACAAAAGGAAUCAAGGCAACAAGACCCUUAUGGCAUCUUCAAUGUGGAAGACUCAAUUCCUAGGGACAUUGGCCCUUACAAGAACUUGGUCAUUUUCACCUCAAUCUCUAUGGACCCAAAAUCCAUUUCUGCCUCCAAUUCCAUUCCUUUGAUAAGAAAGUUAAGGUUAUUGAUGAACGAUCUUCAGGUGGUGGAUUUGGGGUCCUUGACAUACCAACAGCAGCUGGCAUUCUGGAUCAACAUGUACAAUGCUUGUAUUUUGAAUUGUUUUCUUCAUUAUGGAGUGCCGGCUUCCACCGAAAAAUUACUCACAUUAAUAAGCAAGGCAACCCUGAACAUAGGAGGUAAGACUUUAAAUGCUGAAGCCAUAGAGCGUUAUAUUCUGAGGAAGCCACCACCUUCCACUAUGAAAGAGGCUCUUCGGAAUGAAGAUGAAGACGAUAAAGCCGGUGUUCGGCAACUCUAUGGUCUCGAGUCCAUGGAUCCUAAUGUCACAUUUGCUCUGUGCUGUGGAACACGUUCUUCUCCAGCGGUGAGAAUAUACACAGCUGAAGGUGUUGUAGCUGAGCUGGAGAAAUCAAAGUUGGAGUACCUGCAAGCAUCAAUUGUGGUGACCAGCACAAAGAAAAUUGUGUUCCCAGAAUUGCUGCUUGGGAACAUGCUUGAUUUUGCUGGGGAUGUAGACUCACUGGUUCAGUGGGUUUGCCACCAGUUGCCAACAUCUGGAUCGUUGAGAAAAUCAAUGGUGGAUUGCUUCAGGGGCCAAAUUAGCAGUGCCAAGAUUUCUGCCACUGUUGAGAAAAUGCCAUAUGAUUUUGAGUUUCAGUAUUUGUUGGCCAUGUAAUUUUCUUGAUUUGGUGUCCACUUACCACUUAUACCACGUGCGUAUGUGAAUAAAAGAGGUAUUGGACUAGUUGAUAAUUAUGAUACAAGCGAUAUUGGGGAGAAUUGAAAA